GUCAUACCCCUAAAGCUGAAGUUAAACCGGCAAAAUUUUGCUCGGAGGAACAAAAAGAUAUAAAAAUUAUUUGAAACAAAAAAAUGGUUGCAUUAACUUCUGUGGAGAUUCCACUUCGUGAUACGGAUGAGGUUAUAGAGUUAGAUUUUGAUCAGCUUCCCGAUGGUGACGAAGUUUUAAGUAUUCUUGAGCAAGAAAAUGCUGUUCUUCAUCUUUGGAUUACACUUGCUCAACAGUAUUUUAAGCAAGGUAAUACAGAGGAUUUCCUUAAGAUAUAUGAAGCAGCAUGUGCAGACAACUUUGCAACACCGAACCUUGAAUAUAAAGAAUAUCAACAAGACCAAAUGGUUGUUUUGGAUUCGCUGGCUGCAUAUUAUGUGCAAGCAGGUCGAAAAGAAAAAGAAGCUGAGAAAAAACGGGAGUUAUUUACAAAAGCAACACAGUUAUAUACAACAGCUGAUAAAAUUAUUAUGUUGGAUCAGAAUCAUUUGCUUGGGAGAGCAUACUUUUGUUUGUUAGAAGGAGAUAAAAUGGAUCAAGCUGAUGCACAAUUUAACUUUGUCCUUGCUCAGUCAGCCAGUAAUAUACCUGCUUUGCUUGGUAAAGCAUGCAUAUCUUUUCAAAAGAAAGAUUACAAAGCUUCACUUGCAUAUUACAAAAAGGCACUUAGGACAAAUCCAAAUUGCCCAGCUGAAGUGCGUUUAGGCAUGGGUCAUUGUUUUUAUCGUCUUAAUCGAAUGGAAAAAGCUCGAUUAGCAUUUGAAAGAGCAUUGGCUUUGAAUAGUCGAUGCAUAGGUGCCUUGGUUGGACUUGCUAUACUUGAACUGAAUUCAAAAAAGCCGGACAGCAUAAAAGUUGGAGUGCAGUUAUUAUCUAAAGGAUAUGCUAUUGAUAGUCAAAAUGCCAUGGUUCUCAACCACCUUGCAGAACACUUUUUCUUUAAAAAGGACUAUGCUAAAGUUCAACAUUUAGCCUUGCAUGCAUUUCAUGGAACUGAAGUCGAAGCCAUGCAAGCUGAAAGUUGUUAUCAUUUAGCACGUUCAUUUCAUGUUCAGGGAGAUUAUGAUCAGGCCUUUCAGUAUUAUUAUCAAGCAACUCAAUUUUCAGCUCCUAACUAUGUGCUGCCAUGGUUUGGAUUAGGGCAAAUGUAUAUAGCUAGAGGUGAUACAGUCAAUGCUUCACAAUGUUUUGAGAAAGUCUUGAAGCAUCAACCAAAUAACUAUGAGACAAUGAAGAUCCUUGGAUCAUUAUACAGUUCAUCUAGUGAACCAGAGAAGAGAGAGUUGGCAAAAAAACAUCUCAAAAAAGUGACAGAACAGUUUCCUGAUGAUGUUGAAGCGUGGAUUGAGUUGGCUGGCAUACUUGAACAAGCAGAUGUGCAAGCUGCUUUAUCAGCAUACGGUGCAGCAUCAAGAAUUCUCAAAGAAAAAGUUGAAGCUGAUGUACCCCCUGAAAUUUUAAAUAAUGUUGGUGCGUUACAUUUUAGAUUAGGGAACCUGAAUGAAGCAAAAAAAUUUUAUGAAGUUGCAAUGGAACAUUGCAAAGAAGAAAGCAUGCAAGGUGAAACAUAUUACCGUGCAAUUUCCGUGUCCAUGCAGUAUAACAUGGCCAGAUUAAUGGAAGCCCAGUUUGAAUUUGAUAAAGCUGAAAAAGUUUAUAAAGAUAUACUAAGGGAACAUCCAAGUUAUGUAGAUUGUUAUCUUCGAUUGGGAUGUAUGGCCAGAGAUAAAGGACAAAUUUAUGAAGCUUCAGAUUGGUUUAAAAUGGCACUUCAAAUUGACCAGGAUCAUCCAGAUGCUUGGACUCUAAUUGGUAAUCUUCAUCUAGCAAAGCAAGAAUGGGGACCUGGUCAAAAAAAGUUUGAACGUAUAUUAAAACAACCUGCUACUUCAAGUGACACAUAUGCACUUGUAGCUCUUGGAAAUGUUUGGCUUCAAACUUUACAUACACCAUUGCGCGACAAAUCAAAAGAAAAAAGACAUCAAGAAAGAGCUAUAGCUAUGUUUAAGCAAGUGCUUCGUAUCGACCAGCGAAACAUAUAUGCUGCAAAUGGCAUAGGAUGCGUGCUGGCACAUAAAGGUUACUUCAGAGAAGCUCGUGAUGUUUUCUCGCAGGUUCGAGAAGCAACAGCUGAAGUACCUGACAUAUGGUUAAAUUUAGCACAUGUAUAUGUUGAGCAAAAGCAGUUUGUUAGUGCGAUACAAAUGUAUGAAAACUGUUUGAAGAAGUUCUUUAAGUCAUACAGUGUUGAAGUAAUGUUUUAUCUUGCUCGUGCAUAUUAUAAAGCUGGAAGGUUAGAAGAUUGUAAAGAGCUUUUGCUAAAGACGCGUCAUGUUGCUCCUCACGAUACAUUGUUGAUGUUUAAUUUAUCGCUUGUUCAGCAGCGAUUAGCUACAAGUGUUUUGCGUAAUGAAAAAAGCAAUUUAAAAACAGUACUUUCAGCUGUUGCUGACCUAGAACUUGCACAAAGAAAUUUUGACUACCUUUCAAGGCAUGGUGACAGAAUGAAAUUUGAUUUAGCUCAAGCUCGUCAAGAAGCUGGUCGAUGUUCUGAUUUGUUAAGUCAAGCUCAAUAUCAUGUACAGCGUGCAAGGAGAAUAGAUGAAGAAGCUCAAGAACAGCGUAAAAAACAAGAUGAAGAAAGAGAGUUGUUACGGCAACAACAAUUAGAAGCUGAGAGUAAACUCAAUCAGCAAAAAGAAGCAGAGAAGCAGCAACUACUUGAAAAAAGAGCUCAAUACAAGGAAGCAACGAAGAGUUUGUUAAAGUUUUCAGCUGCAGAAAUGGCUGCUAAAGAAAAGGCUGCAAAUAAAAGUAAAAAGAAAGCUGAUCUAGAAGGAUUAAUCGCAACAAGCAGCAGCGACGAAGAAUCUACAGUUAAAAAGAAGGAAAGAAAAAAGAAAAAGGUUGAAUACAAUGAAAAUGGUGAACCAAUAACAAAAAAGAAAAGACAACCUAAAGAACCAAAACCAAAAAAACAAAAGGAACCAAAACUGUCAGCAAAACAGCAAACAAGGGUUAAAUCAAAAGCAACAGUUUCAUCUUCUGACUCAAGCUCUGAUGAGGAAGCACCCAGCAAUAGUCAAAGUGAAGUGCCAAGAAAAAAAACUGCAGUUAUGUCUCCAGAAUCUGAUGGUGGUGAAGAUGGUGAAAAUGAUGAUGAAAUAAAAAUUGACCUUUACAGCCCACAUGAAUCCGAUGAUAGUAAUCAUGAAAACGAACCACAAACAACAAAAAGAAAAACGAGGAUCAUUAGUUCAUCGGAAUCAGAAUCGUGAUCGAAAUGAUUUUAACAAAAGAUUUAUUUUUAUUAACCUGUAUGUAUUUAUGAAAAAUUUUAAAUAUUCAGAACAUUUUUAUAAAUGUUAAA